AUGAUCUAUCUCAUUCUCUUCUCUAUCUUUCUCUCUAUCAAAUUCUGUUAUCUAUCUAUCUAUCUAUCUAUCUAUCUAUCUAUCUAUCUAUCUAAUGGCGCUUCCUCGGUAUAUCGAUCAUUCUAUUCAUUAAACUUUCUUUUUAUUUACCAGGGCCCCCUCGGUAUAUCCAUCAUUCUGUUCAUUAAACUUUCCUUUUAUUUACCAGCGCUCUCUCGUAUUGGAGCCUUUCUUGAAGUCGAUGAUCGUAUCAAGAUGGAAGAAUGGCUUCGAUCUUCGUCCGAAAUCAACCUUGACCUGCCUGAUAUUCCAGCGAACUCGGAAAGCAAUAUGUUCGAUUACCUUGUUGCUGCCGACGGAUCCUGGGUCCACUGGGAUAGCCGCGUGGAAGAAUACAUCUACCCAGCAGAUUCCACACCUGAAUAUGCUUCCAUUUUGGUGCCAAUGGUCGAUAAUGUACGGACAAACUUUCUGAUUGAUACAAUCGCAAAACAACAAUUGGCUGUCUUAUUAAUAGGCGAGCAAGGAACGGCAAAAACAGUCAUGAUAAAUACUUAUAUGAAAAAGUACAACAUGGAAGUUCACCUGUCCAAAGCCUUAAAUUUCUCUUCUGCAACAACGCCAAUAAUGUUCCAGAGCUCAAUGGAAUCAUAUGUGGACAAAAGAGUGGGCAACAUUUUCGGUCCCCCGACCGGAAAGAAGAUGACAGUUUUCAUUGACGACAUCAAUAUGCCAAUCAUCAACGAGUGGGGCGAUCAAGUAGCCAAUGAGAUUGUUCGGCAGUUGAUGGAAAUGAAGGGCUUCUACAGUCUUGAGAAACCAGGAGACAUAAUCAACAUUGUCGAUAUGCAGUUUUUGGCUGCAAUGAUCCACCCAGGCGGAGGCCGAAAUGACAUUCCACAACGUCUGAAACGACACUUUGCUAUUUUCAAUUGUACUUUGCCUUCAAAUUCUUCCAUUGACAAAAUCUUCUCCGUAAUUGGCCUGGGCCAUUUUUGCAAGCAAAGGAACUUCUCAGCCGAAACAAUCGACUUGGUAGCGAAACUGAUUCCAUUAACUCGAAGACUUUGGCAACUUACAAAGGUAAAGAUGUUACCCACUCCGGCUAAAUUCCAUUACCAUAUCUAUCUAUCUAUCUAUCUAUCUAUCUAUCUAUCUAUUGAUCGCAGUCUAUUCAUAUCUAUCUAUCUAUCUAUCUAUCUAUCUAUCUAUCUAUCUAUCUAUCUAUCUAUUGAUCGCAGUCUAUUCAUAUCUAUCUAUCUAUCUAUCUAUCUAUCUAUCUAUCUAUUGAUCGCAUCUAUCAUAUCUAUCUAUCUAUCUAUCUAUCUAUCUAUCUAUCUAUCUAUCUAUCUAUCGCAGUCUAUUCAAUAUCUAUCUAUCUAUCUAUCUAUCUAUCUAUCUAUCUAUCUAUCUAUCUAUUGA